UGCUUUGUUGUCAGGCAGAAAGCCUCUGUAGUCAGGGUGGCGCGCGUGUCCUCAACAAUCACCCCCUCAAAGCGUAGUUCGGCGAUAGAUAGGUAUUUUAUUGUCUUUUCUGAAGUAGCCUGCUAACAUUUAUCUGUUUAUAUAAUAUUUUGCUACAAUGUCUGUUGGAGUGGAGUCUGGAUUUUCGAGUGAGGAGGUCUUAAACAGCCGCUUCCCGCUCCAUCGAGCCUGCAGGGAUGGAGACGUCGGUGCCUUGUGCUCCCUCCUUCAGUGCACCUCGAACCCGGCUGACCUCACAGUUGAGGACACCUUCUACGGCUGGACGCCUCUACACUGGGCCGCUCAUUUCGGAAAGCUGGAGUGUGUUAUGCGUCUGGUCCAGGUGGGCUGUGGUGUGAACUCUGUUACCUCCAGGUUUGCCCAGACACCCACUCACAUUGCUGCCUUUGGGGGCCACCCUGAAUGUUUGUUAUGGCUACUUCAAGCGGGUGCAGAUAUUAACAAACAGGACUAUGUGGGCGAGACGCCCAUCCACAAGGCUGCUCGAGCGGGCAGUCUGGAGUGCAUCCACGCUCUCUUGAUUCAGGGAGCGAAAGCUGACAUGAGGAAUGCCAGUGGGCUGAUGGCUGCUGACCUGGCCCACGCACAGGGAUUCCAGGAGUGCGCUCAAAUUCUCGCCAAUGCCCAGAACCUCCAUCAAAACACGGCUCAGUCCCAUAACAGGGCUUUUCUCAAUGGCCUGAGCCAGAAUGGGGGCCACAUUCUGCCCACCACCCAGGGACGCAGCUUCUUGAAUGGCGUGCCCAACAGAAAGAGGUCUUUUGACGGCAUUGAGGCGAAUCCAUUGAAGAGGGCUAGACCCAACGGACUGUGCAUGCCACCUGAAUUUCUGAACGGGAACGGGCCACUAGGUGGCAACGAAGACGCCCAGAUGGAGAGCAUGAACAUGGAGACAGCGACUGUAACCUCAGUGGCAGGAGACAGACACUGUGUGGAUUUUACCUCAAAUAACCAAACGGCAGGAAUGCUCCUUGAUCAGCACGUCUACAGUCGCUCACCUGAGAUCAUUAGCACUGCAGGCAGCCAGGUGGAGCACCAGAGGUCUGUGAAAGCAGAGCAGAUGUAUGACAAUACCCUCUUCAGCUCCAUGCUGCUUUACCACGGAUCGUAAAGUCCCAAGGACGCAGUUGACGGGCUGUAUUUUUUUUUUGCCUGAAUUUCAAUUAGAGCAUUUAUUCGCCUUAAAGCCACUGAGUGGUGGAGUAUUGUUUUGACAUUACUCUUGUUUAAAACAGCAGGGUCAUUGCUGGGGAUCAGUGACAAACUUGUAAGUGAAACGUGAGCAGAGUGCAUUUUUGUGUUGAUAGAGAAACGUGUUCAAGUUUGUGUUGCAUAGGUUCUAAAACUGCACUAAAGCGUCUGUAAGGAAGCACUGCCAG